GCUUCACUUGUCGAUUGCCCGAGGAGACACAGUCAGUUGCAGUUGCGCCAGAGCCGAGAAGUGGCGGGUGCAAGCCACGUGUUCAGAAACCUGAUCUUGCCGAGGGGGUUAGCAGGAAAAGGACUCUGGACGAUGCGGACGCAGCGCACUGGGCAGCGUGCAACGUGAAGGGCUGCGCCCGCUGUGUUUUCAUACGGAACCGCGAGGAAUGGCAGGCUAAGCUGCCCAUGGGAGACAUGGGAGUCUCCUGGCUGCAUGGCUAUCUUGACGGGGACGACGGUCUGUUCAAGCUGAAAUGCCGAGCCUGCGAGAAAACCAAGCAGACGAACCGCUUUGCCGGUGGCGUUGUCACGACGUUGUUCGGCAACCUCAGCCGCCACCACAGCUGCAGCCAACAUCAGAGCGCGCUAGCUGCUCUGGGCCUGGGCCCGGAAACGGAAGAGGUGCCUGCGCCGGCGGCUGCGGAUUUUCAUCUGGUGGCGGAGAAUCGAUUGAAGGGGACAGCCUUGAGGCACGGCAUCAAGGGAUUGGGUGGCCAACAUAAGACGACGUGCAUGGAGAUUGCGCUGGGGCAAGCCAUGUUCGAGAUCGACCGUGCCUUCCUGGCCGAUGCGACCAGUGUGGCGAUUUUUGCGGAUGCCCGUCAGCAUAUGUUGCUUCUCCGCUUCCGCGCUUGCAAUGAUCAACUUAUCACUCGGCGAGGUCUUCUCGGGUAUCGCAGUUUGGGCACAUCCAGCGGUGCCUCUGGCCUUCACGAUUGCAUCCAGGGCAUUUUAGAAGACUUCUGCACCGGAUUAGAUGGUGUUCUGCAGACGGAACUCCUCACGCACUUGCGGGCCAGCGUGGAGAUGUACGUGGCAGAUGCUGCGUCGGAUGAGCAGCUAACUGGCCAGCUCCUGCGCUCUCAGCGGUACUUUGAGAAUCUCCGAUUCGUGUCCAAAGACAGAGCUCACGCGUCCCAAAGGUUGCUAAGCAGGCCGUGGCACGCCAGCGGCACUCUGCGUGACAUCCUCGACAAAUUCGCCAUUGGCUCCGAGUCUAUUGCUCACAAGGUCCAGUACUCGCCGCACAUUAGCCAAGUGUUUCAGGCCUUCUGCAAAGAAUCAUCCAAAUGCCCGCUCAACGCCACUCGGGUUCGUAACUUGGGGCACGCAAAACACCGCUUCAGCAGCUUGUCCAAACCUUUGGGGAGAGCCGUGCUCCACGUCGACAGUCUUGUAAAGACGGCUAUCUGGCUCACUGUUCACCGCAGCCAAAAGGUCGAGGGGCGAGAGGCUGCCGACUUUCUACAGAACAUGCAAGAAAGGGAGUAUUUGCUAGCAGCAUUGCUUGCUGACGCCAGCGACGAGAGCGUGCGUUUGCUGCGUGUCUUUGACACGGAGUCAUACGACCUGUCGGUGGUGGCAACGGAAAUUCAGGUGUUCAUGUCGCGGCUCCACUUCCUCUUCAACGAGGAACGGCCGUAG